CACCCGGGCUUACUACAGCUGAAAGCAGAGCAAUCGGAGGAACGACAUUUUCUUGAGAGUCUGCUCUGUCUAGUCUGAGGCUCUAGUUUUAUUUGGUAGUACAACCUCCUUAUUCUUCAUCAUGGGUAAAACUGUUGCGAGGGUUGCUCCUUCUGCUGUAAGUAAAGCUGCAGCCAAGGAAUCCAAGACCAAAGCAGGCAAGGUCACGAAGAAGAAGGUUCUACCUGCCGGCAAAGGGUCAAACAAGAAUACCAAUAAUACCGAAGCGAAAGCCAAAGCAAUUGCAAAAGGAAGCAACAAGAAAGGAGAUAGCACUUCCCAGGAGGAGGCGAUUCGCAAGGAGCAGGGGUACACGGAAUCCCUCCCUAAGAGGAACGCUAAAGGCGAAUUAGUCUUCCAGGAUUACCCUGAGAUGAGGCCGAACAUGACCCCCAAGGAAGUCCUCCAGGCCGGCAGCUUUGGGGGCACAUACUUCAGACCAAUAAAAUCAUCCGUCACUGGUGAGAAAUACUCUGGCGUAUGGAAAGAACUACCAAAGAAUUGGCUUGAAGGCUUAGAUAUCUCUAAGCAGGUCGCAUCGAGUCCUUACCGAGCAGAGGUCAACACGUACAAGGUCAAGUGCGGAGGAAGCCUUGAGAUGUGGGAAAGCUCUGGCUGGAUCGACAAGCAGGAUCCGUAUGGCUGGUUCAUGUGGUAUUGCAGGUUCUACUUGGGGCGGAGAACAGCUGACGAUGAGCGACAGGUCGGACGCUGGAAGAAAUGCGCCGGCGUGAAGGGAAGAUGGCGAAACAACCUUAUUGCGAAAUGUGCCAGAAGUGGUUGCGCUUACGAUAACUUUGCAGUCUCCCCGGUUGUGCGACAGACCCUGCAGCAUUGGGGAUACCGUCUAACCAAAGAAGACUUUGAAAAAGCAGCUAAGAGAUUCAAGUAGAGACCUCUUUGUGUCAUGCAUAUCAUCGAACUUGCCUCUCUCCGAUUGCGGAAGGGUGACUUCAGUGGAAGAACUUGUAUUUGUAUCAUGGGGCUAAUAGUUGCCUUUUCCAGAGAUACUAGUCUUUGCCAGGUUUCAAGCAUUUUGUACAGCAGUUAUUUGGCUUUAACAUGUUCUGGCUCCUUUUCAGGCCUCAGGGAGUACAAUUGACUGGCAUUCCUGCUUUUAGCAACCAUUGCUCGAAUUUGUCAUGUUCAUGAGAUUGGCAUAUAUGGAAAGGAUUCUACUGAACUUAUAUGUAUCCAAUGAACUGUGCAUCACUGCUGCCUCAUGCAUUGUUGUACCAUGUUGGCGAUAAAGCACACAUCCAAUCUGUCUAGGUUCAUCAUCAUUCCACAUGUUGUAAUCCUAGUUGGUCCAAUUGCUAUGAAGCCCAUUUUACCAUUUUGUCUAAUUUCCAGUUAGGCUGAACCCAUCCCACCUAAUAACCACUUGCUUCUCGGUCUAACAUCACUCAAGUAGAACUGUAUUGUUUAUGAACCAAAUUAUUUUCAUCUGACAAAGUAAAAAUGAUAAUUUAAUGGAAGUGGAAAUGAGACCAACUGUGCAUGAGACUAAGUGAGAAUUGGAGUAGACCAAGUGCGUAUUAAAAGACAAAGUGUAGAGCAGACCAAACAGCAAUUAGACCAAUUGUUAGUAGACCAAAUGGGUUUAGCCCAUGUGGUAUAAGACUGUAAAAAGUAGACCAACUGCUUGUAGAUCAAGUGACCAUCAGGGGCCGCGGAACGGUUUUCAAAUUGGGGGGGGGGCUGACCAUGC